GAAUCUAGAAAAUAUACCUCAAACUCUCAUCUCAUCAAAAUACAGACUGAAAUGACCGAGAGGGCUGUAGAACUGCUAGCCAUAGAAGAAGAAGAACCGCACUACCUUUUGGAUAUAGGAUGUGGUUCAGGCCUGAGCGGAGAAGUGCUUUCCGAUAUGGGUCAUUACUGGACAGGAGUCGACGUCAGUAACUGCAUGCUGAAUAUAGCACUGGAACGAGAGGUGGAGGGCGAUUUGAUACUCUGCGACAUUGGCAACGGGUUGCCGUUCCGAGCUGGAGUUUUUGAUGGAGCU